AUGCCCGGAAGCGUCCGAGAGUGGCCUGCGUGGCCGGAGUACACCGAUAAGGAUGUCCAUGAACUGAAAGACCCAGACUUCUUCAGCACCAAGAAGGCCGUCAUAUCUCAGUAUGGUGCAGAGGCUCUGAGAGAAAGCUGGUUUCGAGUUUGUGAACAGCUCAAGGCUGUCACUGAUGAGAUAGUCAGCAAGGGUCGCACAAUUAUACCAGUCUUCGACGCCCACAACCUCCUUGACAAGGGUUUCACGGAAACCGAAAGGGACGAAUUGAAGAGAGUCGGCACCUUUGUUGUUCGUGGGGUAAUUCCCAAGGCUGAGGCAACUCAGCACUACGAAGAACUCAAACACUACGUCGCCGAAAACAAGCACAAAAUCCAGGGGUGGCCUAAAGAGACCCCUUCAAUGCUGAUGCUGUACGACUCGCCGACCCAGAAUGCCGUCAGAUCACACCCCAAUCACCUUCAACUCCAACGCCUCCUCAACCAGCUUUGGCACGACGAAAGCGGUGAAGAUACGUCCCCAGACUCUUUGGUGUACUACGACGGAGUACGAGACAGACCCCCACAACAAGAAUUCCUUGGACUCGGGCCGCACAUAGACGCUGGUAGCUUGGCUCGUUGGGCAGAUGCGGCAUACAGAGAAGUGUAUGGCAACAUCUUCUCGGGCAAGCCUGAGAUGCAUGAUCCCUACGACCUCAGCUUCCGUCAAGCUGCCAACCAAGAGUUGUAUCCAGGUGUUGCUCAUUCAUCGGUCUUCCGCUCUUUCCAGGGGUGGACUGCCCUAACACGAACAGCCCCAAGCGAGGGAACACUUCUCGUCUACCCCAACGUCGCUAGUGUCGUUGCAUACAUGGUAUUGAGACCAUUUUUCAAGCCUCCUGUCGACUCUGCAAAUGUGAUGGAUGCAAGCAAGUGGACUCUUGACGAAUCUGGCUAUUUCCCUGGGACGUUCAAGACCCAGAGCCAGCGGCUGAGUCGCUCGUCGCAUCCUCACCUGAGGCUGAAGGAGUGCCUCAUCCAUGUGCCCAAGAUGGAGCCAGGUGAUACUGUUUGGUGGCAUACUGAUGUUUGCCAUGCCGUCGAUCCAGUGCACGAGGGAUCGGAGAAUGCAUCCGUUUUAUACAUCGCCGCAUGCCCCACUACUACAAACAACAAGGCAUAUGUGAAGAUGCAACUUUCUGAGACUCUUGCGGGGAGACCACCGCCAGACCAGCAAGAAGGGAAUGAUUUAAACGAAAGCACACUCAAGGGAUACGUAGGACUGGAAGAUUUGAGUGCGGAAGCAAAACGUGCAUUUGGUUUUGGAUUGUAG